UCUGCACUUUCUCUUGCACCCUGCUCACAAAUGAUUUUAAAAUGACAAAAUAUUCAUUUAUUCUCCUCUUCUCCGUACACCUGUGCAUCCUGGUUUGUUUGAGCACCGCACAGCACCAUGGACCCUGGAGACACAAGGUUAGAUGGGAAACCAACGGACAGGUUUAUAGCUUACAGAGCAGCGGUUCUCAAUAUCAAGCACCUGUUUCUGGAAAACUGAACGCAAGGUUUUUAUUGACGAGGCAUGUGCCAACAAUCUCAAGCAGGAUUUUCAUGGGACGUUUUGCCAAUGCUAAGAUACACACAGUUGGGCAUGUGGUGCACAGUUUUGGACCCAACAUGAUUUCUGGUUAUGCAUCUCACAUUAGGAAUAAUAAAAAGUUGCCUUUGCAUGCAAAAAGAACUGGACUUUCUUCUGACAAAGCACUGCGUCCAAUGCCCAAGCAAUAUGGGACAGCACCAACUGGCACAACUACACUUGAGGCUUCAAGGAGCUCAAGAGCAUCAGGACGCCAUAAUUUAGUUACCAGCAAGCCAGUGCCAAAACGAACAUCACCCAUUGCGGCUACAGGAAAACCACCCACUAUCAAUUCUGAGGAGAAUCCACUUCCUCAACCUCAACUUUCUACAUUGACUGGGAGUAAAACUGCUAAUAAAUCUAAACUUUCAACAAGAACCAAUUCACCUGCACCUUCAGCAAGUGUUAACAACAGAAAUACAGUAAUACAUCCUCCCUUCCAGGCUGAUGAAAGAGGAGGAGACAGUAUGAUCGGUGAUGAACCAACGAAUCCUCAAGUAAACAGCAGAAACUCUUUCAACUAUAAUCUGCUCCCGUAUGGAAAUGUGAAUAGAUCUCCUCAGAGAGAAACGGGUCAUGGUACAAGGUAUUUUCAUAACGGUCUACCCGAUCUCAUUCCUGAUCCAUACUAUAUCCAAACAGCAUCUUAUAUCCAGAGAGUUCAGAUGUACGCAUUAAGAUGUGCCGCAGAAGAGAACUGCCUCUCCAGUUCAGCGUACAACUCAAGAGUGAGGGACCUUGAUUACAGAGUGCUUCUCAGAUUUCCUCAGAGAGUCAAAAAUCAAGGCACAGCAGAUUUUCUCCCUGUGAAACCACAUCAUCAGUGGGAAUGGCACAGCUGCCAUCAACAUUAUCACAGCAUGGAUGCCUUCAGUAAUUACGACCUCCUGGACGCCUCCACGGGCAAAAAGGUGGCCGAGGGACAUAAAGCCAGUUUCUGUCUGGAGGACACCAGCUGCGAUCCAGGUGUGAGGAGAAGAUACGCCUGCACAGCUCACACACAGGGAUUGGGUCCAGGCUGCUAUGACACCUACCACGCCAACAUCGACUGUCAGUGGAUUGAUAUUACAGAUGUUGCUCCUGGAGAUUAUAUUCUAAAGGUAACUGUGAACCCAGGUUUCCAGGUGCCAGAGUCUGAUUUCUCCAAUAACAUUGUUAGAUGUGAUAUCAGAUAUACGGGGACGUACGUUCAAGCACAUAACUGCAGAAUCACAGGAUACUGAUCCAGUUCAUCCGAGGUUCAUCCAAACCUCCAGAGGUGAAAUCUUCCAAACAUGUCAUUAAAAAAAAUCACAUUGUUAUGGAGAGAUUAAGCAUUAACUUGACUUAUGUUAUACAAUAAAUAAAUUAUUAUUUAUUAACCUUUUGUAAUUUAAAAAAAGUAUUCAAUUACAUUGCCUAUUUAUUAUAUUUAAAUUGUUUUGUUACUGUUGGUGUAAACUUCUGUGUUUUUGUAAAACUGAAGUAAAUAAUUACACCAUGUAUGUUCUUGUUUGUUUUUCACAAAGGUAUACAGCAUUAAAACAUGUAGAAAUAAAGUU